GCAACUAUGUGUCCACCACCUCCUCCUCCUGUGCCUCCACCACUCUGUGGAAACCAGCCUUCAAGUGUUAAUCCUCCACCGUGUCCCCAACAUGCUGCAGUCCCUAUUCCCCGUGAUGAACGGUAUCCAAUCCCAGAGACAGGUGGUCCACCGCAGCAUCAUCACACUCAGGAUGGGACCACUCAGCCUGAAGAGCAAGAGGACACUCAGUUUGAGGAUGAAGAGAAAUAUCAUCCAGUUCAAGAAACAAACCCCGCACCUCAGACCAACGCAAACCCACAGCUCUCUGAGGUAGUAGUUGUAGAGUCAGACGGAGUGGUCAAUCAGGCGGACGAAGCUGAAGACGACUGACUGCCAUGAAGCAUCCAAGUGACUUUCAUAAUAUGUGUUAUCCUCACUUACAGUGUYAUAAUACUAUUCUUAGAGGUAAAACAACCAUUUUCAAAUGCCCAUACGAAAUGUUUGUGGUUACAGUGUACCUUUGCAAACAAAACGGGGCUCAAAGACGUUUGAAAUACCAACUUCUGAUUCGAUAAAAGCCAAAGAAAGUGCUUCAGGAACCUCUUUCUUCGAACCUGAAUAGUAAUCAGCCUGAACUUUUCCAUUGUAGGAAAAGGAUUUCAUCAAGUAAAUGAAAAAUUAUUUAUGUUUUGUUCCUUAAAUGAACACUAAAUGUGAUAUAACUUAAAGUUAGAUGGAGGAAAGAAUGGGGGAACUUGAGAUGGUUCUGUUGUAAGUUCAGCCAGCUCUCUGAACCAGAUAUUUUAAGAUCUUACUGGCUCUAAAGAAAGCUUCAGACAUUGAAGUUAGAGCUCUUAGGCACAGUAGACUGGUCUUCUCAUGCUGGAGAUUAAAGAUACUCAUUGCAAACAUCGAAAAGAAAGGUUAUCAAAUAGUGCAACUUGAAAGAGUUUAGUUGUCCA